AUGGUCACAAUCACAUGCUUCGCCUCGAAGGACGUCAGGUUUCCAACCUCCCUGGACAAGACGGGCUCGGACGCCAUGAACCCAGCAGGUGAUUACUCGUCAGCCUACUGCAUCCUACAAACAGACUCCCCACAUACCGGACAUGGCAUGACAUUCACCAUUGGCCGCGGUAACGACAUUGUCUGCCUCGCCAUUGAGAAUCUCGCUGCCCGCCUGAUAGGUCGUACUCUAGAAUCAUUGACGGCGAACUGGGGUCAAACAUGGCGCUACCUCGUCUCGGAUUCCCAGCUACGCUGGAUCGGCCCCGAGAAAGGUGUCAUUCAUCUCGCCCUCGGCGCCGUCGUCAACGCUCUCUGGGACCUCUGGGCUAAAGUGCUGCAAAAACCCGUCUGGCGAAUCGUAGCCGAGAUGAGCCCGCAAGAGUUCGUACGCUGUGUAGACUUCCGCUACAUCACCGACGCCAUCACACCUGAAGAAGCCAUUGAGAUGUUGUGCAAAGAGGAAUCAGGUAAAGCCCAACGACUUCAAGAAGCAGAAAAUAACCACGCAGUGCCCGCCUACACCACCUCCGCUGGCUGGCUCGGUUACGGUGAGGACAAAAUGGAACGUCUGUUGCAAGAAACACUCGAAGAAGGCUACAAACACUUCAAAUUCAAAGUCGGCACCUCCAUUUCCUCCGACAUCCGCCGCCUCACCAUCGCCCGCAAUGUUAUCGGCUACGACCGCGGCAAUAUCCUAAUGAUUGACGCCAAUCAAGUCUGGUCCGUACCCGAAGCCAUCGCAUACAUGAAAGAGCUUGCGCCCUUCAAGCCGUGGUUUAUCGAAGAGCCUACGAGUCCGGAUGAUGUCUUGGGGCACAAGGCGAUCAGGGAAGCGUUGAAGGAGUAUGGGAUUGGGGUUGCGACAGGGGAGAUGUGUCAGAAUCGGGUGGUGUUCAAGCAGUUGUUGAUGGGCGGGGCGAUUGAUAUUUGUCAGAUUGAUGCGUGUAGAAUGGGUGGGGUCAAUGAGGUUUUGGCUGUUAUGCUGAUGGCGAAGAAAUUCGACAUCCCAAUCGUCCCCCACUCCGGCGGCGUGGGUCUACCUGAAUACACUCAGCACCUCAGCACCAUCGAUUACGUAUGUGUUUCCGGCAAGCUCUCGGUACUGGAAUACGUAGACCAUCUGCAUGAGCAUUUCAACCAUCCUGCCGUUAUCAAGAACGGGUACUACCAGACUCCUACAGAGCCCGGGUAUAGCGUCGAGAUGAAGGAGGAGAGUAUGGAGAAGUACGGCUUUCCGGGGGAAGAAGGGGGGUUUUGGAGGAGUGAGGAGGCAAGAGCUAUCUUGGAAGGUGUGAAGAUUUAG